AUGUACUUUAUGUAUGAUCAUUUUUUCCUGCAGAUGUUGAAUCUCUUUGUUGCUGUCAUCAUGGAUAACUUUGAGUAUCUAACGCGGGACUCUUCUAUCCUUGGACCCCAUCACCUAGAUGAGUAUGUACGAAUAUGGGCAGAGUAUGACCCUGCUGCAUGCGGACGCAUACAUUAUAAGGAUAUGUACAGUUUAUUACGCGUUAUCUCACCCCCUCUGGGCUUAGGCAAGAAAUGUCCACAUAGGGUGGCCUGCAAGAGGCUACUUCGGAUGGACUUGCCUGUCUCAGAGGAAAACACGGUGCACUUCAACUCCACCCUUAUGGCUUUAAUUCGGACAGCUCUGGACAUCAAAAUAGCAAAGGUAACAAAAAGUAAAUGGGAAAUGCAUGAGAAACAUCAACAACAUUGGGCAGUUGAAUAA